UGCCAGGUCCGUUGAAUGUGACGUCAUCACGCCGCGCCGUUGUGUUGACAGUAGAGUUCGGUAGAGACCGAAUGAAGGCACAAGUGAUUAAACGGUUUAUUUAACGGAGCAGCUGCUGCCGGUUACCGGCUCGACUCUCAGGAGGACUCGGUUCUUGUAGCUCCUCACAGAAUGAAUCGUGAUGAAGAGAACAAAGAUGGCCGGAGUGUUCCUCUUCGUGGGCUUCCUUCUGGUCUACCUGAUGUUUGUGAAGCAUCACUACAGCACCACAAACACCAGAGACCACCAUGGACUAGGUGGACUACAUGGACCUCCUCCUCCUCGGGACCAGACUGGAUCGGACUGGCUCACAGACGAUAGGACCGCCUCUACUGGGCGGAGCUACCAGUACGGCAUCAUGUUUGACGCUGGGAGCACUGGGACCAGAAUCCACAUCUUCAAGUUCAAGAUAGAGCUCAAUGAAGCUCCUACACUGGCCCAUGAGACAUUCAGGGCCAUCACACCUGGCCUGUCUGCGUACGCUGACGACCCAGAGAAGUGUGCAGCAGGGAUCAUGGAUCUUCUGGUUCUGGCCCAGUCCACCGUCCCCCCCUCCAGCUGGACCCUGACUCCUCUGGUCCUGAAGGCCACAGCCGGCCUCCGUCUGUUACCUGGAGAGAAGGCUGAACACCUGCUGGACAGGGUGAGGGCGCUGUUUGCUGAGUCUCCCUUUCUGUCCAGAGACGACAGUGUGUCCAUCAUGGACGGCACCGAUGAAGGGAUUUCUGCCUGGAUCACUGUCAACUUCCUCACUGGUGAUCUUCACAGCGCCGACUCGUCCACAGUGGGGAUGCUGGUUGGGGGGGGGUCGACUCAGAUCACCUUCAGCCCUCAGGACGAGGUGAGGAGCUCAGCCAAUGGGAGAGCAGAGCCUCAGGUGUGACUCACCUGAGCAGACAUAGGGUACAUCUCAAGUCUCUUAAUUGUCGUUUCCUUGCUCCUCGAUCCUCGCUUGAACCGGAAGU